AUGGCCGCGGCUGCUCCCACCCAGGCUCCGGCCAUGACCCUGCCGGCCGCCAUGGCCGCCAAGGUGGCGCCCUCGCCGAAGCCCACCGCCGCCGGCGACCGCAAGGUGGUGCCGGUGAUGACCGACGCCGACGAGGUCGUCGUCCAGGUCCAGGUCCAGGCGGAGCUGCACGUGCUCGCCGUCGACGACAGCGUCGUCGACCGCGCUGUCAUCGCCAAGAUCCUCCGCAGCUCAAAAUACAGAGUGACUACUGUGGACUCUGCGACUCGGGCGCUGGAGCUGCUGGGCCUGGGGCUCAUCACGGACGUGAACAUGAUCAUCACCGACUACUGGAUGCCCGGCAUGACCGGGUACGAGCUGCUGAAGCGGGUCAAGGAGUCGUCGGAGCUCCGGGAGAUCCCCGUGGUGAUCAUGUCGUCGGAGAACGUGCCCAACCGCAUCACCCGCUGCCUCGAGGAGGGCGCCGAGGACUUCCUCCUCAAGCCCGUCCGCCCCUCCGACGUCUCCCGCCUCUGCAACCGCAUCCACGGAGGAGGAUUAAUUCUUAAGUAG